UCUCUCUCUCUCUCUCUCCCUCUUUUUCGUAGCAAUCCACAGUUGUCCCCCUCCCCUGCGCGAGCUCUCAUGGUAUGAAUUCGGGCGAGCAAUGUUAUGGCGAUUCCGAUGGACAUCGCGUCGCUGUGCUCGAAUCCACGCCCUUCGGAGCCUCCCCUCCGCGUCCCUCGUCGAUCUCCCUCUUCCGUCGCCGGCUCAAUCCUCCGUUCGCGGAGCUCGCGCCUCUUCUUCCCGAGAAAAUCGCCGUCGAAUUCGCCAAGUUUCCGAGAAGAACAGGCCCCUUCUGACGCCCGACGUCGUGUGCUCCGCCCUAUCGAGCUGCCCCUCCGAUUUGAUUGCUCUGAGAUUCUUCCUGUGGUGCGCAGAGCAGCCCGGUUAUUUUCACGAUCGGCGUUCGUUUGAUCGCAUGGUUGGCGUGGUAGCGCGCCUCGGGGAUCGCCACGGGUCCGUGAGCUGCAUCGUUGGGGAGCUGGAGAGUAUCGGGUGCGCGAUAAAGGCGCAGACUUUGCUCCUUCUGUUGAGGAUUUACUGGCGUGGAGGAUUGUAUGAGUCGGUCCUCGAGGCUUUCGAGCAAAUGGGGAGGUUCGGUUUCACUCCCAACACGUUCGCGCGCAACGUAUUGAUGGACGUGCUGUUCAAGAUUGGACGGGUUGAUGUUGCUCUCGAGGUCUUGAAGCAGACCCAGGUUCCGAACUUUUUAUCUUUUAAUAUUGCGUUGUGUAAUUUGUGUAAAGUAGAUGAGCCCGGUAAAAUAAGGGAUGUUGUCAGAAGUAUGUUGAAGAGUGGUUUUUAUCCCAAUAUCGCGACGCUUGAGAUGGUUUUAAAUGCUUUUGUAAAGAAGUGUAGGUUAGUAGAGGCAACUCAAGUGUUGACACUCAUGAUAACGAUGGGCGGUGCUGUAUCUGUAAAUGCGUGGAGCAUCUUAAUAAAUGGGUUUUGUCGGCUUCAGCGAUUUGAUAUGGCGGGAUAUUUGUUGGAGAAGAUGGGUGAAAGUGGCUGUACCCCUAAUGUUGUUACUUACACUACUCUAAUAAAAGGAUUCAUGGAAUCCCAGAUGGUUAAUCGUGCAGUAAAGAUAUUAAGUGUCAUGGAGUCAAAAGGGAAUGCUCCUGACUUGGUUCUUUGUAAUGUACUCAUAGAUUGUUUCUGUAAGAAUGGGCGGUUUGAUGAUGCGCUUUGUAUUUUCAUUAGUCUGUCCGAACGAAAUCUGGUACCUGAUUCUUACACUAUCUGCUCAUUGUUGACGACCCUUUGUCGUUCGAGGAGGUUCUCUCUUAUGCCCGAGUUAGUGAAUGGACUUGACAUUGAGGCAGACCUAGUGCUUUAUAACUCUCUUUUGAGUUACUUUUGCGAGGCUGGUUUACCAUCCCUGGCUGUAGAUUUGUAUGACGUUAUGAUCGAUAGUGGUUUCACACCAGACAAGUACAGUUUUGUUGGAUUGUUGAGCGGACUUUGUGGAGCAAGAAGAAUUGAUGAAGCACUAAAUGUGUAUAAUGGUAUUGUAAGGAGUGGUUCUGAUCUUGAUGCUCAUGUACAUACAACCAUCAUCAAUGGUCUAAUUAAAGUUGGUAAAUGCCAUCAAGCAAUUAGAUUUUUCAGAAAAGCCGUAGAGGAGAAAUAUGAGGUGGAUGUUGUAUCCUACACAGUGGCCAUUCGUGGGCUUUUUAGGGGUGGUAGAGGUCAUGAAGUUACUGCCUUGUAUGAUGAGAUGAAGGGGGUUGGCAUAUCUCCUGAUAUGCAAGUGUAUAAUAUGAUGGUCUCUGGUUUUUGCAAAGAUAAAGAUGCCAAAAUGGUGACCCAGGUACUGCGCGAAAUGGUUGAUGGGAGGAUAUUGUUAAGCAGUAACAAUAUUAAUAGGAUAUGUAGUUUUCUUUCCAGAUCACGUGGUUCACGUUUGGCUUUUGGUCUGUUAAUUGAGAUGAGAGAUUUGGGAUUGUUUCCUGCUGAGGAAAUUUCAUUAUGUAGUCAUGGACUUGUGCAGGAUGCAUGUAUAGGAGGAGAUAUACAUUCUUUGGUUCCCUUAAGCCUUUCAGAAAGUAAUUUGUCUUUAGACGCAUCAUCCUCUGAGGACAUGUCAGACAUGGCUGUUUCAGUGGGUUGAGGAAUGAUUAGUGGACGAAGUACAGAGCUAAAGCGACAGCAACCUGUGAUUAUUAGUACCGAGGAAAAUCUGCUUGUCAAUGGUAUAUAUCUUGGGGGAUGAUAUUGAGCAGAUAAAAACAUCUACAAUGUGAUGGUGCUAUCUGAGAAGGGAGACUUGACAGGGUUGUGUACACUGGAGUGGUUGAAAUGGUGUCUUGAUCAAUCGAUAGAAGAUUUCCUUGCAUAAAUUAAGGUGAAAGGGUUGGACGAAGUAAUCUGUUGCCAUGAAGGUACUUGAGUUUCUGUUGAAAUGGUCGGUGCGAGUCAUGUGACAAUGAUAUUUGCAAUCUACACCUGAUUCGACUUCCAUCAAGAUCCUUUUAGCAGCAAUUGAUACUUGUAGGAAGAUACUUCAGAAAAUAUCAACUCGUUUUGUGCCAGCCUGAUGUUGUGGAGAGAUCUGAAGUAUCUUUCUCUUCAUGUGAAAUUGCUUCUGCUGGACUGCAAUCUGCUGCAGGUGUUAAUGAUGCAGAAAAUCCUAAUAUUAAUGGAACUUGCGAUUUGGUCCAUGCAGAGCAACCUCAAUUCUGCCCAUGUUCUGGUGUUGGAGGUCUUUAUUGCCUAUCUUCAUUGGUAUCUUUUCCUUAUUUGUUUUCUUGGCGCAUCGGAGAUGGAGGGGUAAUACUUGGAAGUGGACGAGAGUUGAUUGCUCCAUGCCGUCGCAAAGAACCCCAAGAGUUCAUUGAUGUUAUGUCUCAAUAAUUCAGGUCUCGUAAGUAGGGUCUUCCUUUUACACUCAAUGUACAGAGAAUGCGGGGCGGUUCUCUAUUAUAUGCAGAUGCGCUGCCCGAUCGCCGGUGGUUGCGAUUGACACUCCCAUUACUUGCUGCUAGGUAUCUCACCCUCAUCUUUAUAGAUUAGCUAGUCCUGUAAUUUCUUUUACGAUGAGAGAAAGUGGAGCCUUUGAAGCUAGUAAUGCAUCCACCUUUCUGAUUAAUAGAGUCGAGCGUGCCGCUCACGACGCCAUGGUAUAAGCUUCGUUUUGCGGUAUCGUAAAUUUUGGAUUGUAUUCUGCAGCCAAAAAAAGAGGAAAAAGAAGAAGAAAACAGAGAGUAGUGAAGCUUACAUCUCUACUCUGUAGACAUAUUGGAUGAUUAUUAGGGGGAGUCCUUUUAGUUUA